AUGGAAAACGUCCAGUGUGAAAAAGAAAGAAAGAUGGGAUAUCUGUACGACGACGACAUGUGUUGUGCCCGACGCGAAGACUGGUCGAGCUCGGGCGAGCAGGGAGGAGAGCAAGUCGAACCUUGGAAUCUUGGAAUUGUGGAGUUCGAUUGGAGGGGCAGGAAGCGUCUUGAACCGUCUUGCUGGGCUGGUGACAAUGGGGUCAAGUCGAAGCGAGGAAAACAGGGGGCAUUCGCGUCCGUCAGGGUCAAGGUGAGGGAAACAUCGGCAAGAACGACGCUUCGGAGGCCUACGAAAGCCACACCAAUUUUGAUCGAUCGUGCUCCUCGCCUUGUCCUGCCUUUUGGGGAUCGUGCUCAGCCGCUAUUCUUAUUGAUCUUGACGUCUAUUUCGCACUUCUGCUGUGACACCUUGACAAUUUCUAUUCUUGCGCUCUUCUUUGCGAAAGAGCCUAUCAUUUACGUAGACUUUUAA